AUGACUGUUAAAAUUGUUUCGGGACCAGAUGCACAAGAAUUCGCAGCUUUGGAUAGGACGAGCUCAAUGCAACGUUUGAGCAUGUCAACUUAUCCAGUGCACAGCUUGAAUGGUACCAACUACAUGAAUGUUCCAACUGAUAAUCGCGCACCUUUAGCACAACGGUAUCAAGAUAGAGAGCAGAAUGAUAUCAUUUAUGGUUCAACACCUUUCUGA